AUGUCUGAAUCUAUGCAGCUUGACGAUGUCGCCAAGCAGCAAGAGAAGGCAAAGAAAUGGUUACAGCUAAACAAUAAAAGAUAUAGCGAGAAGCGAAAGUUUGGCUAUGUCGAACCACAGAAGGAGGACAUGCCCCCAUCACAUCUGCGCAAGAUCGUCAAGGAUCAUGGCGACAUGUCAAACAAGAAGUUCAGACACGACAAGCGUGUCUACUUGGGCGCGCUCAAGUACAUCCCGCACGCCAUCUUCAAGCUGCUGGAGAACAUGCCCAUGCCCUGGGAGCAGGUCAGGAACGUCAAGGUGCUCUACCACAUCACGGGCGCCAUCACAUUUGUCAACGAGAUACCGCUGGUGAUCGAGCCAGUCUACCUGGCGCAGUGGGGCAGCAUGUGGGUGACGAUGAAGCGCGAGAAGCGUGAUCGUAAGCAUUUCAAGCGUAUCAAGUUCCCGCUGUUUGAUGACGAGGAGCCUCCCCUCGACUACGCCGAGAACAUCCUCGACGAGGAGGUUGAGUACUCCAUCCAAAUGGACCUGGAAGAAGACGACGAUGCCGCUGUCAUCGACUGGUUCUAUGACAACAAACCAUUACUCAAUACCAAGCAUAUCAAUGGACCUUCAUACAAGAAGUGGAAAUUGGACUUGCCAAUCAUGUCGACAUUGUUCCGUUUGGCCUCACCAUUGUUGAGCGAUCUGACGGAUCCAAACUACUUCUAUCUGUUUGAUGACAAGUCAUUCUUCACGGCCAAGGCAUUGAAUAUGGCCAUCCCAGGUGGACCCAAGUUCGAACCACUGUUCCGCGAUAUGGACGACGGCGACGAGGACUGGAACGAGUUCAACGACAUCAACAAGAUCAUCAUCCGCCACAAGAUCAGAACAGAGUACAAGGUGGCCUUCCCCUACCUCUACAACAGCAGACCGCGCAAGGUUGCCAUCCCCUUCUACCACGCGCCCAACAUAUGUUACGCCAAGUCGGACAACCCCGACCUGCCAGGCUUCUACUUUGAUCCGGUGCUGCUGCAUCCAAUCCCCUCGUACAAGACCGAUCGCACGACGGCCUCUCCGUACGGUGACGACGACGAUGACUUUGUGCUGCCCGACGACGUCGAGCCACUUCUGCCAGACACAGAGAUGGACACAGUGGACACGCCUGCAGGCAUUCGCCUGUACUGGGCACCCAAGCCAUUCAAUCAGCGAUCGGGACUCACUCGCCGUGCACAGGACGUGCCAAUCGUCCAGGCGUGGUACAAGGAGCACUGUCCCCAGGCACACCCAGUCAAGGUGCGUGUCUCCUACCAGAAGCUGCUCAAGUGCUACGUGCUCAACAAGCUGCACCAUCGCCCACCCAAGUCGCUCAACAAGAAGUACUUGUUCCGCUCGCUCAAGUCCACCAAGUACUUCCAGUCGACCGAGAUUGACUGGGUCGAGGCCGGUCUUCAGAUCUGUCGCCAGGGCUACAACAUGCUCAACCUGCUCAUUCACAGAAAGAACUUGAACUACCUGCAUCUGGACUACAACUUCUAUCUCAAGCCCAUCAAGACACUGACGACCAAGGAGCGCAAGAAGUCGCGUUUCGGUAACGCCUUCCAUUUGUGUCUGGCUGCCGGCACUCCAGUGUCGCUGAGCUCAGGCAUUUCUUGUCCAAUCGAGAGCAUCGUGGCAGGUGAUCGCCUGCAAUCAUGGGCAACACUGCCUUUCGAGUCGACGACUGAAAAGAAAGUGUGCUACGAAGGUGUGGCGAGUGCCGCAUUCCAAGUUCACGCUGAGCCACAGGCCGUCGUGCGCAUCCACGGCUGGGACGGCUCCACUCUUACAUGCACUCCAACACAUCCAGUGCUGGCCAUUAGCAAGGAGGAUAAGGAGCCACAGUGGAUCCCAGCUGGAGAUGUCACCUCUGAACACUCCAUCAUAUGUUCUGCCAUUGGCACAGUGCUUGACGAUCCCAUUGCCGAUUCAGCGUCAACCUACACGCUCGCUGGCUGGGGCCUUGCUACUCACAGAUCGCACGUUCUGGCCUUUGCCCGCAUACUUGGCGCUGCUCUCUCAGAAGGCAGCUCUCUCGCACACCACAUGGAUGUUCAGCAAGCGCAGGCUGAUGUUCAGCUUCUUACAGGUCAAACAGGAUCAGCGCGAUACAGUGAGAAUACAUCGAUCUGGAAUCUAGAUCUGCCAGCCACCCUCAAGAAUGCCCUUGCUGGAGCAUGCAAGACAGCAUCUGCUCAAGUUGUGCCCGAUGUCAUUCGCGCUGCACCAUCGUCUGUACAACGUGAAUUCCUUGCCGCCUGGUGGGGCAGUGUUGGAGCGUCACCACGUUUGGUUGGCGAUGGCUACCCAGUUGUUCCACUGUCGCUCCAUUCACUUCGUGUUGCAAGCAUUGACAAUGACAAAAUGGAGAAGGCGCAACACUUGGAGUCUUUCAAGUGGAUGGCUGGAUGUCUGCGAGAUCAUUUCGGAGUUCAAUCUACCGUCGUUGAGUCGUAUGCCGCCUCUGUCGAGAACAGGCCAGGCGUAUUCCCCGUUGAUCCAUUGACCGCAACAGUCUUGACGACUCUGGAGCAGUGGAUGCAUCUCGCGCUGCGUCACUUUAGCGACAGAUCCUUUACCAAAGAGACCCUGUACGAGCACAUGCAGGACCAAUGUGGAGACCUCAUCACACAAUCACAAGUCCAGCGCCAAUUGAACCAGCUAGUGGAUGCUGGUGUUGUGAAGAAGGAUGCGACCUUGUACAGUGUUGUGGAGUCCUUGCCAGCAGUUCAUAUAACAGAGACGACAGUAGUCAAGCAAUACUACCAUCGCGUAGGAUUGCGUCUACACAAUCAAUCCAUCGAAACAUUUGCCUCCUCAAUUGGAGUCCGAUAUUGCUUGGAGAAGGCUAGUCGAUGGGAGCUUGCUCGCCGAUGGUACUCAUACCGCCGCCUACUGCAACAUCAACGAUGGUCAUUCAUCAACACAGCACUGCAACAGUACAUCGAUACCCACCCAGACUUCCCCGACAUGCGCGGACAAACUCUACACGAUAGCAUCGAGUUCCCCAAGCCUCUCAACCGUCAAAGAGAUUCCAUCGAGUCAUGUGUGCAAUUCGCCACCGAGAGACUGAAGCAACAGUUCGCCUUCGUGCUUCCAGAGGCACCAGUAGACCGUGUGGUCAUCAAUCAGUAUCUCCAUGGACGAGUACAAUUCGUUGCACUCGACAAGGUCAACGAUGCAACAUUCCAAUUCCCCAAGGCCCUCAACCUGCGCGAGUUUGCCGAAUUGGUUGACCUUCCAUUUGGCCAAUGCACCACCCAGCUCUAUCUGCCCGUGCUCUGUGUCGAGGAGCUCGCCGAGAAGGUCAUGGUGUACGACAUCACGGUCCCCGAGCACGAGAACUUUGUCGCUGCCGGCUUCGUUGUCCACAACUGCCGAGAGAUCCUUCGCAUGACCAAGCUGGUGGUGGAUACACACGUCAAGUACCGCCUGGGUGCGGCUGAGGCCUUCCAGUUGGCCGAUGGUCUGCAGUACCUAUUCAGUCACAUCGGUCUCCUGACCGGUAUGUUCCGUUACAAGUACCGUCUGAUGCGCCAGAUCCGUAUGUGCAAGGAUCUCAAGCAUCUGAUCUACUACCGCUUCAACACAGGUCCCGUUGGCAAGGGUCCAGGAUGUGGAUUCUGGGCGCCAAUGUGGCGUGUGUGGCUGUUCUUCCUUAGAGGCAUUGUGCCACUACUCGAGCGCUGGCUCGGCAAUCUGCUGGCGCGUCAGUUCGAGGGUCGCCAGACCAAGGGCAACGCCAAGACCGUGACCAAGCAGCGUGUCGAGUCUCACUACGACUACGAGCUGCGUGCCGCCGUCAUGCACGACAUCCUGGACAUGAUGCCAGAGGGUGUCAAGGCAAGCAAGGCCCGCACGAUCCUGCAGCAUCUCAGUGAGGCAUGGCGCUGCUGGAAGGCCAACAUCCCAUGGAAGGUGCCCGGCAUGCCCAUCCCCAUCGAGAACAUGAUUCUUCGUUACGUGAAGAACAAGGCAGACUGGUGGACCAACGUGGCUCACUACAACCGAGAGCGUAUUAGACGUGGCGCCACUGUCGACAAGACAGUCUGCAAGAAGAACCUUGGACGUCUCACGCGUCUAUGGCUCAAGGCGGAGCAGGAGCGUCAACACAACUACCUCAAGGACGGCCCAUACGUGUCGGCCGAGGAAGGUGUGGCCAUCUACACAACCACUGUUCACUGGCUCGAGAAGCGCAGAUUCUCUUCCAUUCCCUUCCCCCAAACAAGCUACAAGCACGACAUCAAGAUCCUCACACUGGCGCUCGAGCGUCUGAAGGAGGCCUACAGUGUGGCCUCGCGACUCAAUCAAUCACAGCGCGAGGAGCUCGUGCUCGUCGAACAGGCCUACGAGAACCCUCACGAGGCACUGGUGCGCAUCAAGCGCCAUCUCUUGUCGCAGCGUACGUUCAAGGAGGUGGGCAUCGAGUUCAUGGACAUGUACACACAUCUGAUCCCCGUCUACGACGUGGAGCCCUUUGAGAAGAUCACCGACUCCUACCUGGACCAGUACCUCUGGUACGAGGCCGACAAGCGACAGCUGUUCCCCAACUGGGUCAAGCCAUCUGACAACGAGCCACCCCCCGUCCUGCUGCACAAGUGGUGCCAGGGCAUCAACAACCUGGACGGCAUCUGGGAGACGGCCGACGGACAGUGCGUCGUGAUGAUGGAGACCCAGCUCAGCAAGGUCUACGAGAAGAUCGAUCUCACGCUGCUCAACAGACUGCUGCGUCUCAUUGUCGAUCAGAACCUUGCAGACUACAUGUCUGGCAAGAACAACAUUGUGAUCAACUACAAGGACAUGAACCACACCAACUCGUACGGUCUGAUACGUGGCCUCCAGUUUGCUUCGUUCAUCUUCCAGUUCUACGGCCUGGUGCUCGACCUGCUCAUCCUCGGCCUGAACCGCGCGUUCGAGAUGGCCGGUCCACCCAACCUACCCAACGCCUUCCUCACAUACAAGGACGUCGAGACGGAGACCAGCCACCCCAUCCGUCUGUACUCUCGCUACGUGGACCGCAUCCACAUCCUGCUCAAGUUCUCGCACGACGAGGCGCGUGAGCUGAUCCAGAAGUACAUGUCCGAGCAUCCCGACCCCAACAACGAGAACGUCGUGGGCUACAACAACAAGAAGUGCUGGCCACGCGACUGCCGCAUGCGACUGAUGAAGCACGACGUCAACUUGGGACGCGCCGUCUUUUGGAACAUCAAGAACCGUCUGCCACGCUCGCUCACCACCAUCGAGUGGGAGGAGUCGUUCGUCUCGGUGUACAGCCGCGACAACCCCAACCUCCUCUUCAGUAUGGUCGGCUUUGAGGUGCGUAUCCUGCCCAAGAUCCGCACUCAGAACGAACAGCUCAUCCCCAAGGACAGCGUGUGGAGCCUCCAGAACAUGAACACUCGUGAGCGCACGGCUCAGGCAUUCCUUCGCGUGGACAAGGACUCGAUGGACCGCUUCGAGAACCGCAUCAGGAUGAUCUUGAUGGCGUCUGGCUCGACCACCUUCACCAAGAUUGUCAACAAGUGGAACACGGCACUCAUUGGUCUGAUGACAUACUACCGUGAGGCAGUUGUAGUGACGCGCGAGAUGCUCGACAUCCUCGUGCGCUGCGAGAACAAGAUCCAGACCAGAGUCAAGAUUGGAUUGAACUCCAAGAUGCCCAACAGGUUCCCGCCUGUAGUCUUCUAUUGUCCAAAAGAGCUCGGGGGCCUCGGCAUGCUCAGCAUGGGCCAUGUGCUCAUCCCUCAGUCCGACCUGCGUUACUCGCGCCAGACCGACUCUGGCAUCACUCACUUCACCUCAGGUAUGAGCCACGACGAGGACCAGCUCAUUCCCAACCUGUACAGAUACCUCCAGCCUUGGGAGCAGGAGAUCAAGGACUCGCAGCGUGUGUGGGCAGAGUACGCGCUCAAGUACGAAGAGGCCAAGUCGCAGAACAAGAACCUCUCGAUCGAGGAUCUCGAGGACAGCUGGGACCGUGGUAUCCCCCGUAUCAACACACUGUUCAGCAAGUCCAGACACACACUCGCCUACGACAAGGGAUGGCGUGUGAGGACCGAUUGGAAGCAGUACAAUCUGAUGAAGUCAAACACAUUCGCAUGGACCAAUCAGAGACACGAUGGAAAAUUGUGGAACCUGAACAACUACCGCACUGAUAUGAUCCAAUCGCUGGGUGGAGUCGAAGGCAUUCUCGAGCACACACUGUUCAAGGGCACGUACUUCCCCACAUGGGAGGGUCUCUUCUGGGAGAAGGCAUGCUUCUCCGCAUCUACAAGUCUCAUGGCUUUUGAUGGACAACAGAUAAUGGCAUCCAACGUCAAUGUUGGCACUAGGUUUAUGGGCGACGAUGGAACACCUCGCACAGUCCAGCACAUUGUCACUGGCACCGACCGCCUGUACGAGGUCCACAUCAGUGGUGUUUCAGACUUGGUUGUGACCAACAACCAUAUUCUUUGUUUGAAGCCAUCGUCACGAUUGAGUAUCACGUGGGAGGAAGAUCAACAAGCCUACCGUGUCUACACCUUUGACGCGGACCACAAGCUCAGCACCAAGCAGUUCACUGUGCGUGUGAAUGCUGACAUCCACUGCGCAAAGGAAUCAACCGAGGAUCAAUACUUCAAGACUAGGGAGGAGGCAAAGGUCGCAGCAGAGAAGUAUGCCGAUGAAGUCGACAACAUUGCCAAGGAUACUCUGAUCGAGAUGACAGUGGAUGAGUAUGUCGCAUUGCCAGAAGGAAGCAAGAAGUUGCUCAUGAUGUACAAACAACAAGCACAUACUGGCAGCCUCAAGAGUGCCGACUGGUGUUUGUCCAGUAUCGAGUCCAUAACAGUCCGCGACACCCCCGAGCAGUAUUAUGGAUUCAUGGUCGAUGGCAAUCAGCGGUUCCUACGCGAUGACUUCCUCGUCGUCCAUAACUCUGGCUUUGAGGAGUCGAUGAAGUACAAGAAACUGACACAUGCACAGAGAUCCGGUCUCAAUCAGAUUCCCAAUCGUCGUUUCACAUUGUGGUGGUCACCAACUAUCAACAGGAAGAACGUCUACGUUGGAUUCCAAGUUCAGCUCGAUCUUACAGGCAUCUUCAUGCACGGCAAGAUUCCAACGCUAAAGAUCUCGCUCAUCCAGAUCUUCAGAGCGCAUCUCUGGCAGAAGAUCCACGAAUCGAUUGUCAUGGAUAUAUGCCAGGUAUUCGAUCAAGAAUUGGACAAUUUGCAGAUUUCCGGCGUCAACAAGGAGGCCAUCCAUCCAAGAAAGUCCUACAAGAUGAACUCAUCCUGCGCAGACGUCCUGCUGCGUGCCGCUCACAAGUGGCAGGUGUCACGUCCAUCAGUGUUGCAAGACACUCGCGACACCUACGACGGCUCCACCACACAAUACUGGCUGGACAUCCAGCUCAAGUGGGGCGACUUUGACUCUCACGACAUUGAGCGUUACAGUCGUGCCAAGUUCCUCGACUACACAAUGGACCAGAUGUCAUUCUACCCCUCGCCCACUGGCUGUCUCAUUGGCAUUGACCUGUCGUACAACAUCUACUCAGCGUUUGGCAACUGGUUCCCUGGUGUCAAGCCACUGGUACAGCGCGCGAUGGACAAGAUCAUGAAGUCCAACCCUGCGAUGUACGUCCUGCGUGAGCGUAUUCGUAAGGGUCUGCAGCUGUACUCGUCCGAGCCCACAGAGCCCUACCUCUCCUCGCAGAACUAUGGUGAGCUGUUCUCCAACAAGAUCAUUUGGUUCAUUGAUGAUUCCAACGUGUACCGUGUAACGAUGCAUCAGACCUUUGAGGGUAACAUGACUACCAAGCCCAUCAACGGUGCCAUCUUCAUCUUCAACCCGCGCACUGGUCAACUCUUCCUCAAGAUCAUUCACACCGAUGUGUGGCUGGGCCAGAAGCGUCUGGGUCAGCUGGCCAAGUGGAAGACAGCCGAAGAGGUGGCGGCGCUCAUCCGUUCGCUGCCCGUCGAAGAGCAGCCCAAGCAGGUGGUCGUUACGCGUAAGGGUAUGCUCGACCCACUGGGCGUCCAUUUGCUCGACUUCCCCAACAUUGUCAUCCAAGGCAGUGAGCUGCAGUUGCCCUUCCAGGCAUGUCUCAAGAUCGAGAAGUUUGGAGACCUCAUCCUCAAGGCCACCGAGCCCAAGAUGGUGCUGUUCAACAUAUUUGACGAUUGGCUCAACACAAUCCCCUCGUUCACAGCCUUCCAGCGUCUCAUCCUUAUCCUGCGUGCGCUGCACGUCAACAUUGAGCGUACCAAGAUCAUUCUCAAGCCCGACAAGAACACGAUCACACAGCCACAUCACAUCUGGCCCACUCUCACCGAUCAGGAGUGGAUCAAGGUGGAGGUCGACCUGAAGGACCUGAUCCUUGCCGACUUUGGAAAGAAGAGCAACGUCAACGUCGCCUCGCUCACUCAAUCCGAGAUCAGAGACAUCAUCCUCGGUAUGGAGAUCUCAGCGCCAAGCCAACAGCGCGAGGACCAGAUCGCAGAGAUCGAUCGACAGAAGAAGGAGGCCAGUCAGCUGACCGCCGUCACUGUCAAGACGACCAACGUGCACGGCGAGGAGAUCAUCUCGACCGCCACCAGUCCACACGAACAAAAGGUCUUCUCCAGCAAGACCGACUGGCGUGUGCGUGCCAUCUCUGCCACAAACCUACAUCUGCGUACCAAUCAGAUCUACGUCAACUCGGACUUUGUCAAGGAGACAGGACUCACCUACGUCAUCCCCAAGAACAUCCUCAAGAAGUUCAUCACGCUGUCCGACCUCCGUAUCCAAGUCAUGGGCUACAUCUACGGAGUCAGUCCACCCGACAACCCCCAGGUCAAGGAGAUUCGCUGUAUUGUCAUCGUGCCACAGUGGGGCACGCCAGUGUUUGUCAACGUGCCCAAUCAGAUGCCCGAGCACGAGUACCUCAAGGAGUUGGAGCCACUGGGUUGGAUCCACACACAGCCCACCGAGAUGACACAGAUGUCACCACAGGACUGUAUCACUCAGGCCAAGUUCAUGUCGGACAACAAGUCAUGGGACGGCGAGAAGUCAAUCGUCAUCUCUGUGUCUGUGUCAUGGCCAUGCACACUGACUGGCUACAAGAUCACGCCAGCCGGCUACGAAUGGGGCAAGGCCAACAAGGACUCACAGACCUACCAGGGCUACCAACCAACUCACUACGAGAAGGUCCAGAUGCUGCUAUCCGACAAGUUCCUUGGCUUCUACAUGGUGCCAGAUCGCGGCAGCUGGAACUACAACUUCAUGGGAGUCAAGCACUCUGCCAGCAUGACCUACGGACUCAAGCUCGACUAUCCCAAGAACUUCUACGAUGAAGUUCAUCGACCAUCACAUUUCCACAAUUGGACUCAGAUUGCAGGAGAGUCCACAGACGACAAUGAGACAGCUGAUCAAGAGAACCUCUUUGAAUAA